AUGCCCGAGUCUCCUCUGAGUCCCUCGGCAGCCCGUCAAACUCCAGCCAGCAGCCUGCUCAGCCAUGCGGACGCCGGAACGGGGGAGAAAGCGGCUAAUGGGGACUCCUGCAGUGGAGUGAGGGUGCAAAGCUGCCAGAGCCUCCUCCACAAACAGCAACACCUGAAGGAAUUUUACCAGCAGCAGCUUCAACAGCAGACCAGCAAGAAAGUCAAAGAGCUGAUGUUCCAGCAGAAACCGGCCGCCUCUCCUCCCGGCCUCUCCUCAGGUUCAGGCUAUUUCGGUCCCGCGGAGAUGCAGAAGUUGUGGAAGGAACUCAGAUCGGCUCUUUCUGACGACGGGGUGGCGAUGAGCGGGAACCAGAAAACAUCCGCUCGAGUCGAGCCGACCGGGGAUCGGCUGUCUGAGUCUCCUCCCGGAGCGGAGCGUAGUGGUGCAGACAGGGACCCGGCUCUCGUGCGCGCCCUCUUCGGUCCCGGAGUGUGCAACUGGCCCGGCUGUGAGUCCGUCUGUGAAAACAUCGCCCAGUUUGUCCAACACAUGAGCAGCGAACACACUCUGGACGACAGGAGCACGGCUCAGUGCCGCGUCCAGAUGCAGGUGGUCCAGCAGCUGGAGCUGCAGCUCUGCAAAGAACAGGAGCGUCUGCAUGUGAUGAUGGCUCACCUGCGCCUGCCUUCCCCGCGCGCUCAGUCGGCAAAGUCUGACGCAGCCGCUGACCGCUGCAGCCCACAGCUCCGUCCAACGCCGCUGGCCGGCAAAGCGUCUCUCUCUCUGAGACACCAGAGACCUCUGAGCGCCGCCGGCUCCCCGCCGCAGGGCCACGAGGAAGACGAAGAGCUCCCGUUCAGACGCGCCGUGGCAGGACACCGACAUCACCCUCUGGUGUUCUCUCUGUCUUCAGAGAAUGAAUAUGAACUUUACCAGAACACUGACAUCAGACCACCCUUUACCUACGCAGCUCUGAUCCGACAGGCCAUCACAGAAGCCUCAGACAUGCAGCUGACACUCAACGAGAUCUACAACUGGUUCACCAGGACGUUCGCAUAUUUCAGGCGGAACGCCGCCACCUGGAAGAACGCGGUCCGCCACAACCUGAGCCUGCACAAGUGCUUCGUGCGCGUGGAGAACGUGAAAGGCGCCGUGUGGACGGUGGAUGAGGAGGAAUACCAGAGGAGGAGGUCUCAGAAGAUCGCAGGGAGUCCAUCGCUGAUGAAAAAUGUCUGCUCCAGUCUGUCUUUGGGCACCGCUCUGCACUCCACCUUCCAGGCUGCUCUGGCAGAGGCCUCGCUGCCGGGCCUCAAGAGGGAGCGUUCGAGCCGAAACCUUCGAGGAAUCGACAAAGCGGCUGUCGGCAGCAGCAGAAAACAAAACCUCUCUCCUCCAGUCCAGCAGCAACUUUACUUCGAGAAAGUCAACGACGACGAGGGUCAGCUGCCGACACUCAAUCCAGUCAGUCUGCAGCCUCUGAUCCACGGAAACAGCGAGGAGCUUUUGUUUGACCUCGAGUGACCUUCUACCUUUACGACCUUUAACGCCAGUUCAAGCUCUCAUUUAGCAUCCUAAGAUGUUUGGAGUAGCAUGGUACUACUGCAACUUUACUGAGGUGUUUGAUUUGAAGAGCAUUUGAAAUGAAAUGCAGACACUUUGCUAAAGUGUCUGUGACCUUUGAUCUUCUCCACUGUUUGCAGCCACAAUGGGAUUUCUUGCAAAAUUCAAAAUUACAAACGAUUAAUC